GAAUUCUGUGCAUCUUUCCAGACAGACGUGCUGAGAGCAACUUUAUACUUCACUGAAAAAUAAUGGCACAUUCUUAUAAAGAAAUAAUUUUGCUUUUUCUUCUACAGACGUUACUUAUCGAUGUCUCCUUGUGCAACAUCGUGAAACGAAAAGCGCCCGAUGGAAAACUUUAUGUAUUUUCGAAAAGAGAGGGAUGUGUUUCCGUACAAAGUGCAAGUCCUUGUACAUUGAACUGGACAUUGAAUACGUACAUCGCCAAAGUUUACCAACAGCGAAACGACAUCGUUUCACAAGCACUCAAUUUCUAUCGCCAAACAGGUUAUUUAUUUCCAUGUAUAAAUGCUCUUAAAGAAGCCUUAUGUUCACAAGUGACCCCAAGAUGUUCAGAAAGCGAUUACAGUCGAAAUUAUGGUGAUGUCAACAGGCUGUGUAACAAAGUUUACUCUCGUUGUCCUUCAACACUCGUCGAUAGUUUGAUGAAGAACAACUUUUGCCCAAAGUUAAUAAAAGGGAAACGUUCAAACAGUCGAUGUGUUGCAAAUAAUGCAUACGUUAGAGGUGUUUGUCCACAGCCAAUGUUUAAGAUGCCAGCGGAGUUCCUUGACGAUUAUCAAAGAAGGUCUCUCACAUAUCAAACGUCAGUUUUGCGCAAAGCCCGAUACAGCAAUGGAAAAAGAAUUCUUUCAGAUGUUUGUGUUUCACAAAUAGCUGAAAUCCAUUGUGAAGCAACAUACUGUUCAGCAGACGAAACUGAGCUCUUGAUAAAACUGGAUAAACACGAUUGCCAUCAAGUAAUCCAUGACUGUCUUGACAAACCAAUCCGUACAUUGUCACACUCGUCUAAUUGGAGGAUUUUGAACACCGUGAGAAAUCAACAACGAUCGUGGUGUGACACCUAUCCUUCGUCUUCGUCCGACCUGAGACCAGAACCCCCCCGGAUUGCCACAUACUCCUCAUCAGGUCAUAGAUGUAAUGGAUUCUUGUCUAUCGUCAUAUUUUCACUCUUGAAUUUGUUUUUAAUGCCUUAAGCUAGAAGCAGCAAAUUGUGGACUUUUUGAAUACUUAUAUACAUGUAGAGAAAAAAAGAUGCUCGCAUAUAAACAGACAUACAUCGUUUUUCAUGUAAGAACACUAUAUCUUGGUUUCCAAUGUUUCCAUUCGUAAUGAACUAUAAGCUUAUAAUUAAUAACUCAAAUUUUUUGAACGUGGUAAAA